AUGCCUCCGCUUCCUGCUUUUGUUGCCGCUCUCCCGCUUUCCCAAUCCCGCCCUUCCGCCGCAUGUACGCAUCGACGUCUCGCUCGGCAAUGUCCCGUGGCUACGGCUGGCACAACCGCGUCUUCCAGCAAUGGUGCUACGCCACUUCUUGUCCGCGCCGCUCGUGGCGAACCAGUCCCCCGUCCCCCAGUGUGGCUCAUGCGUCAGGCCGGCCGCUAUAUGGCUGAUUUCCGUGCCUUCUCCGACCAUCACCCGUUUCGCCAUCGCUCUGAGACCCCCGACAUUGCGUUUGAGCUAUCCAUGCAGCCGUAUCGCGCGUUCGCUACCGACGCCGUAAUCAUGUUUUCCGACAUCCUCACCCCUCUUCCAGCUCUCGGCAUCGAUUUUGACAUUGUGUCCGGCAAAGGUCCCCGAAUCCCCGACCCGAUUCGCACCAUAGACCAAGCGCGUCGCUUCGCCUCCGCCUCUUUCGAUCCCGCGUCCUCCCUCCCUUUCGUUGCCGAGCUUCUGAAAAGAUUACGGGACGAGCUUGCGUCAGAACCAGCUGCCCUUGUUGGAUUUGUUGGAGCCCCGUUUACGUUGGCAGCCUACGCCAUCGAGGGAGCCGCUGCCAAGAACAUCGUCGCCACCAAGCGGCUCAUGUAUUCUUCCACAGAAGAAGAGCAAGUCUUGUCUACCGUCCUUGAUAAGCUAGGCUCCGUCGUAGCCGAUUAUGCCGUCUUCCAGGUGCGUCAAGGCGCCCAGGUGAUACAGUUUUUCGACUCGUGGGCACACCAUCUCAGCCCUGAUCAGUACUCCACCUACGCUCUCCCCGCUGCCCGUAAGGCUGCAGAGUCCUUCAAGGCGCAAUGUCCGAAGAUCCCACUCAUUUUCUUUGCCAACGGUGCUGGCGGGAAGCUGGAGAUGAUCCAGGAUCAACUCGGGCAUGUCGUAGAUGUUGUCGGUAUUGACUGGUCGGUGAGCAUGAGUGACGCGCGGAGGAGACUGGGUAAGGACGUCGUAUUACAGGGCAAUGUGGAUCCUAGCAUUUUGGCGACGGGGAGCGAGGACGCGAUUCGAAAAGCCGUGCGCGACACGGUUUCGCAAGCCGAUGGGCCGCUUAUUUUGAACUUGGGCCACGGGGUCAUCAAGGAGACGCCGGAGGACGCUGUCGGUGUGUUUUGUGACGCUGCUAGAAACAUGGCUGCUGCGGAAGUCGUUGCAUAG